AGGAAGGAGGAGCAUUGCAAUGAUGAAAAAGCGAAGGAAAAAUUAGGCAGAACUCCUACUAGGCUUGAAGUUUUUGAAGCUGACCAUAAGAGAAAGGAUGGGACAUACAUCAAUGAUCAUGUUAAAGAUUUCAUGGUAAUUCCUGUGGUAGCUCCUAUUCAGUUGCUUUAAGUUUGCAGAAAAGACAUAAUCCCCUGGUG